AUGGCUGACUCCGACGACGAAGCCAUCUUCGCCGCCCUAGAAUCCGAAUCCGACACAAUCUACCGCGACGCGCGAAUCAACCAACUAAACGCCGAGCUAGCCGCGACGAAAAAUAACCACUCAACCAAAGACAGCGGCACCAGCAUCCUCCACAACGACAUCUACCCCACGCUCCCAAACGACCAAUCCGUGCUGGACUUCACAACCCGCAGCAGCAAAUGUCUUGUGCACUUCAGUCACCCGGACUUCGCGCGGUGCGCGGUGAUGGACAUGCGGCUGGGAGAGCUGGCAAGCGUGCAUUUCGAGGUCUCAUUUGCGCGGGUGGAUGUGCGCAACACACCGUUCAUUGCAGAGAAGCUGGGAAUUCGGGUGCUGCCUUGUGUGAUUGGAUUUAAGGAUGGGGUGGGGGUGGAUCGAGUGCUUGGAUUUGAGGGACUUGAGGCGAGGGGGUUUGAUGGGGUUGAAAACUUUGAUGUUCGGGUUUUGGAGAGGAGGUUGAUGAUGAAGGGGAUUUUGGCGGGUAUUAAGAUUGGAGGUGGGGAUGAUGAUGAUGAUCUGAGGGAGGAGAGUGAUGAGGAGAGUGGGAGGAGGGGAAUCAGGAAGAGGGGGAUUCGCAGUGCGAAUCCUCGGGUGAGAAACCGAGGUGAUGAUGAUGAUGGCGAUUGGGAUUAA